AUGGAUAAUGGAAUCGUCCAAGUAACGCUGUCAACUCCAGGUGGAAUGAUAACUGGGAUUCAGUACAAUGGCAUUCGCAAUUUACUUGAAACUUCAGAGAAAAAUAGAGGGUAUUGGGAUAUUGUAUGGGAAAGACCAGGCCAUGGACAAUAUGUACAGAUAUUGGGAUGCACGAGCUAUAAAAUUGUAUGUCAAGAUGAAAAUCAACUAGAGAUUUCCUUCACGAUGAAAUGGAAUAUUUCGUUAAUAAACGGAUCUACUCUACCACUUAACAUCGACAAGAGGUAUGUGAUGCUAAGAGGAGUUCAUGGGCUAUAUACAUAUGCAAAAUUUGAAAGGAAUAAAGGAUGGCCUUCUUUGAUUCUUGACCAAGCUAGGGUUGCCUUCAAGCUGAGCAAAAAAUUAUUUAGUUACAUGGCAGUAUCAAAUACAAGACGAGGCAUUAUGCCAACAGAUAGUGACCGUAAACAUGGAAGGAUUCUCGAUUAUAAAGAAGCUAUUCUCCUUACUAAUCCUUCUAACCCGGCUUUAAAAGGAAAGGUAGACGAUAAAUAUCAAUUUUCAAGUGAUAUAAACGACAACCGGGUACAUGGAUGGAUAUCCUCAAAUCCGGUUGUUGGAUUUUGGGUAAUCACACCAAGCAACGAGUAUCGUAUAGGCGGGCCUCUCAAGCAAGAGCUUAGCUCUCACGUCGGACCAACUAGCUUAUCGAUGUUUUUUAGUGGACAUUAUGCCGGGAUAGUUUCCCUAAAAUUUGAAGAUGGAGAGUCAUGGGAGAAAAUCUUUGGACCGACUUUCAUCUACCUCAACUCCGUCUCACAAGACCACGAAAUACAUCGGUCACUUUGGAAUGACGCAAAAAAUCAGCUAUCGGAACAAAAGAGAAGCUGGCCGUAUGAGUUCCCAAAGAUGGAAGGUUAUCUUCGGGCUCACCAACGUGGAGAGGUUUCGGGUCGAUUACUCGUCAGCGACAAGUACAUUAAUAAAAUGUCAUUGAACGGAAGUUUUGCUCAUGUGGGUCUGGCUAAACCCGGCUAUACAUCCUCAUGGCAGACAGAAAAUAAGGGAUAUCAAUUCUGGACACGAGCGAAUGUGAAAGGACAGUUCUUGAUGAAGAAUAUCCAACCCGGGAGUUACAACUUGUUCGCAUGGGUCCCCGGAGUCAUUGGAGAUUAUCGUUACCAAGUUCAAGUCGAAGUUACCCCAGGUUGUUCGAUUAAGCUCGGAAUAAUUGUAUAUGAGCCGCCAAGAACAGGUGUUACAUUGUGGGAAAUUGGAAUACCCGAUCGAACAGCAGCCGAAUUCCAUGUACCAGAUCCGAGUCCAUACCGAAUCAACCCAGUGUUUAGUGACCAAGAAAACAAGUUUAGACAAUAUGGGUUAUGGGACCGUUACACUGAUUUAUAUCCUAAAAAUGAUCUCACAUACACUAUUGGGAUAAGUAAUUAUACAACUGAUUGGUUCUAUGCUCAUGUUACUAGGAGAACAACAAACGAUACACAUGUACCGACAACUUGGACAAUUUUAUUCAAUCUUGAUAAUGUCGACACAAACGGUACCUACAACUUUCGUGUCGCUCUUGCAUCAUCCACCUUCGCUCGGUUAGAGGUUCGAGUAAAUAAUCCAAACACGGCGUCAUUGAGCUUUUGGAGAUCAAGAAUGACCGGACGAGACAAUGCCAUAGCAAGACACGGGAUUCAUGGACUUUAUUGGUUAUACAACAUUCAAAUCCCGGGAAAUCAUCUCGUAAAUGGAAGAAAUGCAUUCUAUCUUACGCAGUCUAAUGGGAACAGCCCCUUCUACGGACUUAUGUAUGAUUAUCUCCGACUAGAAGGACCGGCUUGAACAG